GGCAAUUUAAAAUGCUGAACUAAAGGGAAAAAAAUCUUUAUCUCAAUUUUUCCUGUUAAAAAUAUCAAAUUAACAUCUGAUACUCUGCAUAUUAAGUAGACUCAUAUAUUCAUACAUUAACUGGACUGAACUGAAAAACAAAGUAUCUUACGAAAAAAUGAAAGCUUUUAUUGAGCGGAAAGAAAGUUCAUCUGAUUUGCUUAGCAGAUAUAAAACAAGAAAAAUAUUGGGUGUAGGCGAGUCUUCUGGCAAUGUGAAUGCUUCGAAGGUGACACAAAUACUUGGAGAAUCUAAUGAGUCCAAACUGGAAGUUCAGCACAUUUCCUACAUAUAUUACUGGAAUUACUUUAUGGCUUUAUUACUUAUGUCUUAUGGGUUGAUGAUGGCAGGAUUUCCAGUAUCCUAUGAUAAUCGAUUCCUUCAAACGUUAUUUCCCAUUUCAAAUAUUGAUGAAAAUUUGAAUUCACCUGAAUCUUGCAGUAUCCGAAAUUCGUAUAAUACACAACUCAUUUUCAAGCAUUUUGGAGGUUUACACAUAACGUUAGCUUCUACUAUGUUAUAUGUCCUUUUGAUGGUUAAAACAAAUGGGAUUCGCAUAUCACAAUUCAUAUCAUCCGUUUAUACGUUGACGAUACUGUUAAACUCUAUUUGAAACAUUCUUCUUCGUUCUUUCACACUCUGUAUAUCUCGACCUGUUUGUUACUGCUUACGCCAGUGAAUAUGCCAGCAUCUACUUUUCUAACACCUUCAAACACUGUUCAAUUUUGGCUUUGCUACCGACAUGCCAGUAUGCUGUUGUCAAAACGAACUGAGAUUACCCUUAAUCUAUAUAGAAUUUUAUUUAUUGUUAAUGUACCAACUGGAUGCAAUACUGUAGUAAAAUGCUGAAAAUUCCAUUCUGUAUCACAAGUACUGUUUUGGAA